AUGGCCGUUAUUGAAAAUUCAUGCAGACAUGACCUUACUGAAAUACCAAGAAAAAAUGGAAAACUCGUUCGAAGACGCUGCGUCAUCUGCUACGCCAAAAGGAAAGCUGAAGGCAGUCCAUUAAAAGCUAAACAAGUGAACACAGAGUGUUUAGAAUGCGGGAAGGGAAAGCUGAUACAAAUGUCGACGGGCGCUACUCUUAUGGCUUACGACGGAUUCACCUUUUGGAAAGAAUGCCGCAAACACUUAAAUGAUGGUGGCCUAAUCAAUUGGUACUGUUCUUCUAAAAGACAAUGCAACUGCAAAGUGUUUUACUGUACUAUUUAUUCUGGUGACGACUUUGUGCAGUGUGUGCCAACCAAGAAGGGACACCAGAUACUGUUCAAGGGUUAUACUUAUGUUUUUAAAAAUGAACAACUACCUGAGUGGACUUCGAUUUACUUUUUGAAAGUUUCAAAUGAUGAAAUCAAAUGCAACCUGUGUGAUAUCAACUUAAAAGUUGAUGAAAAAUCUUUGGAACUUUUGGAGCACUUGAAAACCAUGCACAAGGAUGUUUACGACCUCCACAAAGACAAUCCAGAGGCAACAGUCGGUUUCCGUAUUGAGUUCUUGCACUUAAAUAUGUUGAAAGAUGACGUAGAUCCAAAGACACAACCUGUUAUAUUGGGAGAGGUUUGUGAAGCUACCACCGAACCAAUAAUUGAUGAUGAAACCGCAAUACAAUUGUCGAGCGAAAAGGCUGAUGAGAUUAUCCAGAAGGAUGUUGAUACCAGCAUGCACUAUGUGUUAAUUGACAACAGUAAAAAGAAAACUAGAGAGAGCACUGGCCCUCGUAAAAGAAGCUGGGUGUGGAAGUAUUUUGACAAGCUGAGUAACAUCAUCUACCGUUGUCGUUUGUGCAAUGUGGUGCUGUCCAUCAAAGGUUGCAACUCCAACAAUAUGAACCGCCACGUAAGAACACGGCAUCCUCUGGUGUUCAAGAGCGAGGUGACCAAGCGGGAGAGGGUUGACAGUGUACACGUCAUCACCAGCGAAAUGGACACACCUUAUGCGAUAAAAACUGAAGAGAUAUAUGCAAGUGAUAAAGACUAUGAAGAGAUUUCUGAAAGUCCAAGUCAAAAGCUCCGUCGCAGCUGGAUCUGGUCUUACUUCGACCGCGUGUCCAGCACACAGGCGCAGUGCAAGCUGUGUAAGCGACACAUAUGUCAUGGCGGCAACGCUACCGGAAAUAUGAACAGACAUCUCAAGAUGAUACAUAAAAAGACUGCUUGCUCAUAUGACCAGAGCUUGACCACCUGGGUGUGGAAAGUGUUCGAGGACUCGGACGAUGACUUCUACACCUGUAAGAUAUGUCAGUUCAAGUGUCUAAAGCACACGGACAUAGAGAAAAGCAUGGAAGCAAUACUAAACCACCUUAAAGUAGAGCACGGCGUCGUGUCUGGUGAUCAAAUCAUCACUGGGAAAUUUUCAAGAAUUAAUUCUUCAGAAAGAAAACGGCGAGGUGCAGGUUGGAGUCAAGAGGAUCUAGUUAAAGCCCUGCAUGAUAUUGGUAGUGGCCAAAUAUCACAGAACGCGGCCGCUAUAAAAUAUAACAUACCACGCAGGACUCUCAGAAACCAUUUAAAAACGGGUAGUACAGAAAAGAUCAUUGGAAGAAAAGCUAUUUUUACAGAAAAACAAGAGAGGGAAUUCGCAGAAAGUAUUAAGAAAAAUACAUCAAAAGGCACACCUUUAACUCCGAAAAUGAUACGUCAACAAGCUUUUCUGUAUUGCAAAAGGCACAAUAUUAAAAACAAUUUUAACAAUAAAACAUCCAUGGCUGGAAGAGCGUGGCUAGAAAGGUUUCUAGAAAGAAAUAUUAAUAUACCAGCAGUUGUAAAACACUAA